AUGGGAAGACUAGACACCAGCGGUCUUUCAAUGGUGUCGCAACUUUCUUGCAAAGAGGUCAGGUCAUUUUCCUACCACAUUCUGAUAGCUUACAAGAAAGAUGAGUCUCCCCAUACGAGCGUGUCUGGCCAGCUUACGCGCGACACGAUUGAUGGCAACGAACCAUCAUUACCACACGAGCAGAAAACAACAACCAAAUUAGAACUCGGCUUGUCGAAAUCCAAUAAGUUUGAACCAACAAGUCAAAGAGAACUUCUCUCUCAUAUCCCCGCACAGGCUUUGAGUUCUUAUCAUAAAUCAUCUAAAAGCAACAUGGGUGCAGGUGGUAAUAUGUUGGAUCCAUCAAAGGCCAACGAUAUACUAAAACGUGUCCCAGUUGAGCCACCAUUCUCACUAAGUGAUCUAAAGAAAGCAAUCCCUGCCCAUUGCUUCGAGCGGUCUCUCAUCCGUUCAUCUUACUAUGUUGUUCAUGAUCUCAUUGUUGGCUACGUCUUUUACUUCCUUGCCGAUAAAUAUAUUCCUAUUCUUCCUUCUCCUCUAGCAUACUUAGCAUGGCCAGUUUACUGGUUCUGCCAAGCUAGCAUUCUUACUGGCUUAUGGGUCAUCGGUCAUGAAUGUGGUCACCAUGCGUUUAGUGAUUACCAAUGGAUUGAUGACACAGUCGGCUUCAUCGUCCACUCUGCUCUUCUCACCCCUUAUUUCUCUUGGAAAUACAGCCAUCGAAAUCACCAUGCCAACACAAAUUCACUUGAUAACGAUGAAGUUUACAUUCCUAAACGCAAGUCCAAAGUCACGCUUUACUCAAAAAUUCUUAACAACCCACCUGGUCGAGUGUUCACUUUGGUGUUUAGGUUGACCCUAGGGUUUCCUUUAUACCUCUUAACUAAUAUUUCUGGCAAGAAAUACGGAAGGUUUGCUAACCAUUUUGAUCCGAUGAGUCCAAUUUUCACCCAGCGUGAACGGAUUCAAGUUCUGGUAUCGGAUUUUGGUCUUCUUGCUGCAUUUUAUGCAAUUAAACUUCUAGUAGAUAAGAAAGGAGCUGCUUGGGUAACCUGCAUAUAUGGAGUUCCAGUGCUAGGCGUAUUUGUCUUUUUCGUUUUGAUCACAUAUUUGCACCACACCCAUCUGUCAUUGCCUCAUUAUGAUUCAACUGAAUGGAACUGGAUCAGAGGGGCUUUGUCAACAAUCGAUAGGGACUUUGGCUUCCUGAAUAGGGUAUUACAUGACGUUACACACACUCACGUCUUGCAUCAUUUGAUUUCAUACAUUCCACACUAUCAUGCUAAGGAGGCAAGGGAUGCAAUCAAACCAGUCUUGGGCGAGUUUUAUAAGAUCGAUAGGACUCCCAUUUUCAAAGCAAUGUAUAGAGAGGCCAAGGAAUGCAUCUACAUCGAGCCUGAUGAAGAUAGCCAGCAAAAAGCUGGUGAAUACAAUAACCACAACCUACCAAAAAUAAGUGUUGGUGCUUACAUCAACACCCACCAGCGGAAGAUAUCUGUUUCAUCAUCCCAUUCCAUCAAUUUCACUGAUCGUUUCGAGUUUUCAUCUUCAAAUGAUGAAGAACCGUUCAACCGGUGCGACUUUUUGUAUUUUGAUCUCCCAGGUUUACUAACCCCGGUGAGAAAGCAUCAAAAAAAGAGUGGCGUGUUUCUUUUGAGCAACGGGGGUUUGAGACUUCAUAUGGCAUAA